GAUUCCGGAUAUAGCAAUUCCCUCCAAACUCGAUAGCCAAUAAAAAAAGCCAAGUUUGCCAAGUUUGCCAACGCUUGGAAAACGCGAUUGACAGUCCGCAUAGCGACGUUUAAAAAGUGUGAUUUGUUUUUUCCAAUGGCUGGCUAACUUCAUAUUCAGCAGCCUUUCUUUGUUAACAAUGGAUGAGACUACACCUUUAGUGGCCAAAUCGACUAAAACACAUUGGCUCCGUGUUAAACCAUCGCCAUGGGUUUUGUUACCACCAUUAUUCGUCCUUGGCUGCUCAAUUUCCAUGCUGCAGGGUCCACUUGUUCAGUUCGUCAUAGACCUUAUUUGUAGUCGUAUCGACAGUACCGAAGCCAUCAGGCGACCUCGCGAGCAAUGCAAUGCCGACUCUGCCGUACAAGCACAAGUAUCGAAUCUGAUGAUGUGGGUGACCGUCCUCGGCUCCGUUGUAGGUCUUUUAACAACGGCCAUUUAUUCGAAAAUGAGCGAUAAAAAAGGUCGUCGACCAGUGUUUAUCAUCAAUGGACUGGCCUUUGCGGCUGAUCUGGGAAUCACCUGCUUACUCAUACGUUUCCAAGAAACCGCCUCUCCUCGGCUACUCAUGGUCGGUGCAGUCCUUAUGGGACUUGGAGGUGGUUCCAGCACGCUUCUGAUGAGUUUUUAUGCUUACAGCACAGACUGCACGCAGCCAGCCGAUAGAACGGUGGUAUUUGGCCGACUUUUGGCCAGUUUUCUUAGCGGAAGUAUGAUCGGACAAACCUUAUCAGGAUGGAUUAUGGAGCUAACCCAAUCGUUGGAACCAAUUGCACUCACCGCUUUGAUAUCGAUGAUUUUAUGGGUUUUGGUUGUCAUUUUCAUUGUUCCAGAAUCCAACACGAAGGCACUCGAGCCGGCAAUAGAAGAAGAGGAGCAAAAUAGUCGGCAGAGCAUCUGGUCCAAGAUCAAUUUUAUCUCUAGUCUGUCCAUUAUUUUCACUGCCAAACCAGAACUGACCAAUCGCGCAUCAUUACCCAUACUGGCACUUAUUCAAGUUCUGUGCAAAUGUGUUGCCAUUGGUCUCGUCACCACAAUUGUUCUCUACGUCUCAUACGUAUUCGGUUGGACACCUACUGACGUUGGAUUCUUUUUGAGCUUUGAGAGCGGUGCUUCACUAGUGGGCUUGAUAGUAGUUCUUCCAGCUCUAAAGAAACUGCACGAGGUUGUAGUGCCUGAAGGCGUUCACAGCAUAUCGAGUCGUCACUCUAGCAUCGUAUUGGACCUCUGGAUUUGUCGAUUGGGUAUUUUAUGUCUGGGCCUUAGCAUGGCCGUCUUCACUUUGGCUUAUGCUGGAUGGAUGAUGUACCUAGGAGCCUUUUUUCAAAUUGGUGGCGCACUGUACAACGCUUCGACAAAGUCACUCAUGGUACAAAUCGCUGGUGAAGAGAACGCAGGUCUUAUUCUCGGAGCAGGUGCUAUUCUCGAGUCCAUAACUUUAAUCUUUAGCCCUAUUCUGGCCAACCUCCUUUACUCUCAUUUUGUCGCAACCGCGCCAUGGGUUGUAUAUAUGACCUUUAGUAUCACCAUAGGCGUGGCUGGCUUAUUUUCCUUAUUGAUUCGCGUACGGUCAUUGCACAGUAUCUCCGUAGACUUGUAAGCCUAGAAAUUUAU